CGCGAAUCUCGCGUUACCAUUCCGCUAAAAUAGUUGGAAUGGAAUUAAUGGAUCAUAAUUAAUGUAUGUGAGCGGAUUGACUUUAUUUGUACAUGAUCCAGCAGGAAUGGGCGUGUCGGAGCAAACUUCCUAAAAUAACUCGUCUGGAAAGAGUCUGUUGCAAAUGGCUCCCGUUCUCCCGAUAACUCGACAGAUCGCUCGCGCAGGUCAUCAGGAGAGCAGACGAGAUCCACACGAUCUCUGCAUCUCUGAUGCCAGCGACUGCGUGAUUUUUGAUCGUCACGGUGUUUGUAAAACCUUCAACAGUUUGUUUCAACACGACAAAGCAAUAAUCAUUUUCGUGAGGAACUUCUUGUGUUACACAUGCAAAGAAUAUGUGGAGGAUUUGGGCAAAAUACCUCGGCAUAUGCUGCAGGAAUCGAAUGUCAGAUUGGUGGUGAUCGGACAGUCGUCAUGUUCUCAUAUUGAGGGUUUCUGCUCUCUGACAGGCUAUCACCAUGAAAUAUAUGUUGAUCCAGAGAGACAAAUUUACAGAAAACUUGGAAUGAGAAGAGGAGAGACAUACAUGGAGACACCUUCCAGCAGUCCACAUGUGAAGUCCAGCCUGCUCGUUGGCAGUCUGAAGAGUAUGUGGCGUGCCAUGACCAACCCUGCUUUUGACUUCCAAGGAGAUCCGUUGCAGCAAGGUGGAGCUCUUAUUGUAGGCCCAGGUCCAGAGGUUCAUUUUGCCCAUUUUGACAUGAAUCGGUUAGACCACAUGCCAAUCAACUGGCUGCUUCAGAUAGCAGGUCUUCAAACACUGGACUUCAGUGACUCCCACAAAAUCAUUCAUAUCUAAAAUAUUGACGUUAUACCAUGAUGGAACUGCACUGUAUGCUUGUAGCUGUUACACUGCUACGCUGGUCUUUAUUUAUUUUGAACUAUAAUAGCUCAAUAUUGUUGUAUAUAUAAAAUAGUUUUUAUAUUAUAUUUAUGUUGUAUAGGAACAAGCCAUUCCACUGCUGGGGACUCUUGAUUUUAUCUCUGUCCUAAAUUAUUUGUUAAUUCUUGAAUUUCAAUUAAAAAAAAUUAUUUUAUAUA